CUGGAGGCGUGGUGUAGAUAGUCGUGGCCUAAUUAUCCAAUAUUCUACAGCUCCAAUGUUAGAAAAUCAGAUAAGCAUUUGAAAUAAGAAUUCAAUAUGGUGUCUAUAUUAUGUUUGGCUUUUCUGUCGAUAGGGUUAGUGGAAGGUCAGCACGGUCACGGAAGCGGGGUUAACGCAGGAGAAGUUGAUGCCGCUAUUGUUGACGUAGAGCUGCACUAUAGCGAGAAACUUUGUCUUGAGAUCCUUCUAGUUGACUGUGCUAGACACGUGACCCAAGGAGAUGAGAAAGUGUGUGGAUCAGACGGUGUCACCUAUGGAAACCAUUGCAGAUUUGCACAUGCGGUGUGCGAAUUUCGGUCCUAUCUUAAUCCAUUGAAGCUGAGAAACCACGGACCCUGCCAGCAGACGACACCUUCAACAACUGCGGAUCCAGUCCAAUCUAUCAUUAUGAAUGUAUUCUGUCAAAAUAUAAAUACCCUCAGCUGUUCAAAUGGGGUACAAAUUUUAUGCGGAUCUGAUGGUCAACUGUAUGUGAAUCAGUGUGAGCUUUCUAAAGCAAAAUGUUCAAACCCGACGCUUACAGUCGCUGAUAGAUCGAAAUGUCCAUGAAAAUGUCAAGCCCUGGUUGUUUGAAUGUGUGAGAUAAAUAAAUUGUUCAUAUGCCGACUUUGAAAAUAAAUUGCAUGAAAAGAA